GCUCGAUCUACCAAGCCUGAGGUUAGAAGCUGUCUGUAUUGCCAUGGAAAUCAUUCAAUCGACAGGUGUUUGAAGUUCAAAGACAAGGACUACACCGAAAGAAAGAACUUUGUCAGGAAAGAAAAACUUUGUGAUAAUUGUCUUCGAAAAAACCACAUCGCUUGGAAUUGUAAAGGUAUCCCAGCAUGCUGUGUAAGCGGAUGCAAGAAACGCCAUCACUCCCUCUUGCACCCUACGAUGUCGCAAGAAAGCAGUGCUUCGGAUGCUGCCAAGUCUACCAGUGUCGAGCCUAAUCAAACCUCGAGUCAGUUAAGUUCUUGUGGAGCGACCUCGAGUGUUAAACAGCCACGUGUUUGCAUGAAGAUCGUCCCUGUGAAAGUCAGUGGGAUCGAUGGAGGUACUGAAGUUGAAACAUAUGCCUUUCUUGAUGGUGGUUCGAACGCAACACUAUGUUUGAAUGAACUCGUGGAUCAACUUUCCUUGAAUGGUGCGCCCACUAACGUCACUUUGUCCACUGUAAGUGGCAGUUAUAAAGGACAAGGAAAAGAAGUGAAAUUACAAGUCAAGAGUUUGGAUAAUGAAGAGUGUAUCUUUCUAGACCAUGUCUUAUCUGUGAGUCGCAUUCCUGUAGCAGAACAAAGUAUAGCACGCAGUGACGAUGUUGAAAACUGGACACAUCUUCAAGGCUUGCAGUUUCCCAAGCUAGAAGAAAAGAAGGUCACCAUACUUAUAGGAAGUGAUGUCCCAGAAGCUCAUUGGAAUCUGGAACAGCGUCUUGGACAAAGGAAACAGCCUUAUGCAGUACGUACCUUGCUAGGAUGGACACUGGUGGGUCCAACUGAUCGCUCCUAUUGUAACAGCGUACACGUCAAUCUGAUCAAAGCCGAGCAAGAGGAAAUAACAAAUCUACUUGAGCGUAUGUACAACGCAGACUUCAAGGACGGUGUUCAGGCCGAAUCCGAUGUUAUGUCACUAGAAGACCGGUAUGCUCUUAACUUAAUGAAAAACACAUCAAUCUUGGUCGAUGGUCACUAUCAGCUGGGUCUUCCUUGCCGUCCUGGAGCUCCAGUUCUUCCAAAUAACAGGUCGUUAGCAGAGAAACGUCUUGAUCUCCUCAAGCGCCGUCUUCAAAGAGAUCCAGUUCUUCACAGCAAGUACAAAGAAACGAUGGACGAAUACAUCAGGAAAAACCAUGCGCGUAAAAUCCCACUUGAAGAGCUAGAUGGAAAGAGUAAUCGUGUAUGGUACCUGCCGCACCAUCCCGUUGUCCACCCUCAGAAGCCAGACAAAGUCAGGAUAGUGUUUGACUGUGCAGCGAAGUUYUGUKAUGUUUCUCUGAAUGAYCAACUCUUGAAAGGUCCUGAUCUGACGAACAAGUUAGUCGGAGUCCUUUUACGUUUUCGCGAGCAUCGCGUUGCCAUCAUGGCGGACAUAGAGAAAAUGUUUCACCAAGUGCGUGUUCUUCCUCAAGAUCGUGAUGUACUACGAUUUCUUUGGUGGYCUGAUGGCGACUUAUCACAAAGUCCUAGCGAACAUCAAAUGCUGGUUCAUCUGUUUGGAGCCAAGUCCUCCCCAAGUUGCUCAAGCUUCGCACUUAAAAGGGCGGCGCAAGACAACAAACACACCUUCAGCAUGCAAGCAGUGGAUACAGUUAAUCAAAACUUCUACGUGGAUGACUGUCUUAAAGCCGUUCCCAGUGCUGAUGAUGCUAUCAAGCUGAUAAGAGAACUCUCCAAGAUGUUAUCUAAUGGUGGUUUUCGUCUAACGAAAUGGAUCAGCAACGAUCGUCACGUAAUGGCUUCAAUUCCUGAAGAAGAUCGUGCCAAAUCCUUCAAAGACUUAAAUCUGGACGACCUCCCUGUCAACCGAGCUCUGGGCAUGGAAUGGGACGUGGGAAAGGACACCAUCAGCUUCCGUGUUGACGAAAAGCCAACCUCGAACACUCGAAGAAGCAUAUUGUCAAUGGUAUCAUCCAUUUACGAUCCUCUGGGAUUUGCCGCACCCUUCGUCUUACCUGCCAAACGGAUGCCGCAAGAGUUAUGCAAGAAAAAAAUCGGUUGGGACGAUGUGAUACCAAAUGAAAACCUCAGUGAAUGGCAAAGCUGGUUACAAAGUCUCUCCAAGCUAGGAAAAAUGUCUGUACCUCGUUGCCUGACGCMAGAAGAAUUUGGUGAUGUAAAAUCUGUUCAGAUUCAUACCUUCUCAGACGCUUCAGAAUCUGGUUACGGCGCUGUGUCCUACAUACGCCUAGUUGAUGUACAAGGAAGAAUCCAUUGUGGUAUUGUUCUUGCUAAAUCACGUGUUGCACCGCUCAAAAGGAUGACUAUACCAAGACUGGAACUUACAGCUGCCACAGUCGCUGUGAAUCUAAGUACGACAGUUCAAAGGGAACUCAGCUUACAAGGCGCGGAUGUCUAUUUCUGGACAGAUUCCAUGAUAGUUAUACAGUACAUAUUGAACACUGACAGAUCCUUCAAAACCUUUGUUGCUAACAGAGUGGCAAUUAUCCGUGAAGCUUCAUAUCCUUAUCAAUGGCACCACGUGAGGUCCGAGUCGAACCCAGCGGAUUGCGUUUCCAGAGGAUUCAAGCUUGGUGAUCUCAAACAGUUGAAAGAGUUCCACAAUGGACCUGAGUUUCUAAGAAUGGAAGAGCAUUAUUGGCCAGCCCAAUCACAGAAGCCUGAUGGACUUUGCUGCGGCCGAGGGAUUGUGGGGGGACGAGCGGAGAAUGGGGAGGAGGAAACAAGGAAGGGUCUGUAA